UCUACAGCAACCGCCAUUGCCUAUUUGCCUUCCCCCUGAUCACUUCAUUUAUUAUUCUCUCCCAAAAAAAUGACAACCGCCGCCGCUGACACUUCCGUGCAAUUAGGCCGAAUCCGGGUUCUUAAAGAAGCAAUAAUAACAAACCAACUUCCUAAACCCGGCCCAGUCGUAUACUGGAUGUUUAGAGAUCAACGGUUGAGAGACAACUGGGCAUUGAUUCAUGCCGUUGAUCAAGCCAACAAACGUAAUGUUCCAGUCGCGGUUGCGUUUAAUUUGUUCGAUCGGUUCUUAGGCGCAAAAGCUCGUCAGUUGGGGUUUAUGUUAAGAGGGUUACAGCAACUUCAUCUCGAUUUCCAACAAACUCUUCAUAUUCCCUUUUUCUUGUUUCAGGGGGAAGCUAUUGAUACAAUUCCUAGUUUUUUAGAAGAAUGUGGAGCUUCGCUAUUGGUUACGGAUUUUUCACCAUUAAGGCAAGUUAGGGGAUGGAAAGAAGAGAUAGUUAAAAGGGUGUCUGAUUCUGUAUCGAUUCAUGAAGUUGAUGCACACAACGUAGUACCCACAUGGGUGGCAUCAGAUAAGUUGGAAUACGGAGCUAGAACCAUUAGACGUAAGAUCAAUAACUGGCUUCCUGCUUAUUUGAUUGAAUUUCCGAAGUUAAUGCCUCAGAGCCGAAAAUGGGGUAACCCAAAUCAGAUUAUUGAUUGGGAAACGCUUAUUGAAAAUGUAUUAAGGGAAGGAGCUGAAGUUCCUGAAAUCGAAUGGUGUAAAUCAGGAGAAAAUGCUGCAUUGGAAACAUUGAUGGGGACUAAGGGUUUCUUAACAAUUGGAUUAAAGAAUUACUCCACAGAUCGUAAUAACCCCUUAAAACCCAAAGGGCUUUCUGGUCUUUCUCCAUAUCUGCACUUUGGGCAGAUAUCGGCCCAACGCUGUGCAAUUGAGGCCCAUAAAUUACGCAAAGUUAAUCCACAGGCGGUUGGUACAUUUCUGGAGGAACUGAUCGUGCGCAGGGAACUGUCUGAUAACUUCUGCUAUUAUCAGCCUCAUUAUGAUUCGUUACAGGGUGCAUGGGACUGGGCGCAAAAAACACUUAUGGACCAUGCCUUAGACGCACGUGAACAUCUAUACACGAGGGAGCAGCUGGAGAAGGCACAAACUGCAGAUCUUCUAUGGAAUGCUUCACAGUUAGAGAUGGUUCAUAAUGGAAAGAUGCAUGGUUUCAUGCGAAUGUACUGGGCCAAAAAAAUCCUCGAAUGGACGACUAGCCCCCAAGAAGCUUUAGAAAUAGCAGUCUAUUUAAAUGACAAGUAUCAUUUAGACGGGAGAGAUCCAAAUGGAUACGUUGGUUGUAUGUGGUCAAUUUGUGGUAUACACGACCAGGGUUGGCGAGAGAGACCAGUCUUUGGAAAGAUAAGAUACAUGAACUAUGCUGGAUGCAAGAGGAAAUUUGAUGUUGAUGGAUACAUUGCGUAUGUGAAGAGGUUAGUGGGUGAUAUCAAGAAACGGAAAGGGGAAACCUUGCUUAAUAGCAAGGCAAAACAACUCACGAGUAUUCAACAGUUGCCUGUGAAGAAACUUACUUGAUGCUGAUUUCUCGAUCUGAUACUUGAUUCACUACUGUACUAUGCACUAUAUAUGUUUUUGUUUAUCUUAUUGGGUUGCGCCACUAACAGUUAGUUCGUAGUUUCGUAUCAUUGACAUAUAUAUUAUGUACCUUAGAGAACAUAUUUUCAAUCAUUUUUGUAGCCAUGAAGAGAAAUUAGAAAUUGUCAUUUAUUAGUA